UAAACGAUUCCACCGCCUUAUAACGCUUCUUUUCUUCUCUCCUUUUUCACAGCUCCUUCCGUUGUUUCCCAUCUUCGCCCUAGUUCAUCGUUCAUCGCUCGCUCUGGGCUCACGGUCUGUCAACUCGCUUACUUGGACCACACCACUGUCGAAGAAGGCGGGGCUUGAUUCUCAUACAACUAGCUGCAAAUUGAAGUUGUAACAUAGAGCUUUCACCGGUUGAAUAGAGGUGAUACAGGAAGAAAAUAUAGCAAUAAUGGCCGCCAUGGAGAACGGUCAAGUUCCAGAAAACGCCAAUGAACAUUGCCCAGGUACUCAGUCAGACUCUGCUGGAAAAUCUGAUGCUUGCCAAGGCUGUCCUAAUCAAGAAGUUUGCGCUACUGCUCCCAAAGGCCCUGAUCCAGACCUGGUUGGAAUUGCAGAAAGAAUGGCCACCGUAAAGCACAAAAUACUGGUUUUAUCAGGGAAGGGUGGAGUUGGCAAGAGCACAUUCUCUGCUCAACUAUCGUUUGCUCUUGCAGCUAUGGACUUCCAAGUGGGGCUUCUGGACAUUGAUAUUUGUGGUCCAAGCAUCCCAAAGAUGCUUGGCCUAGAAGGUCAAGAAAUCCACCAGAGCAACCUAGGCUGGUCUCCUGUUUAUGUCGAGUCCAAUCUUGGAGUAAUGUCAAUUGGUUUCAUGCUUCCUAAUCCUGAUGAUGCUGUUAUAUGGAGAGGCCCACGUAAAAAUUCUCUCAUCAAGCAAUUUCUGAAGGACGUUUACUGGGGCGAGCUCGAUUUUCUGGUGGUCGAUGCACCUCCUGGUACCUCAGACGAGCACAUUUCAAUCACCCAAUACCUCAACGCCACUGGAAUAGACGGUGCAAUCAUAGUCACUACUCCACAGCAAGUCUCCCUAAUAGACGUACGCAAAGAAGUCAGCUUUUGCAAGAAAGUUGGGAUUGAAGUUCUUGGGGUUGUCGAGAACAUGAGCGGUUUGUCCCAACCACUAAUGGAUUUCAAGUUUCUGAGGGUAACACCGACGGGCGAGGAAAGAGAUGUCACAGAGUGGGCUAGAGAGUAUGUGAAAGAGAAAGCUCCCGAAUUGUUAGAUGUGAUAGCUUUGAGUGAAGUUUUUGAUAGCAGCAGUGGUGGUGCCUUGAGAAUGUGUACGGAAAUGGGAGUUCCAUUUUUGGGGAAAGUACCAUUAGACCCCCAGCUAUGCAAAGCAGCCGAAGAAGGUAGAUCAUGCUUCAUUGGGGAGAAGCUUGGUAUGGGUGCUCCAGCAUUGAAGAAGAUUAUAGAUAAAAUAAUGGAGAAUAAAGGGUUAUCUAACAUGGUAAUUGAUAGUGUUGAAUAAAAGCUUCACCAAAAAGGGAUCAAAUUUUGUGCUUUGGCAUUUUGUAUUUUCCCUUUUCUCUAUAUAUGAAUUAGUAAACACUGAUGUUUAAACAGCUUAUUAUACUUUAUUAGUUACUGUCUGGUUGAGAGUAAUUUAAAACAAAGAAAUGGGAUUUUUUUUUUUGGGGCCAAA